AUGGCACCACCAAAACUAACCAAAGAGGAGCUAGCGCAGUUCCAUCUUCACUUGGAAGCAAAGUCAGGAACCCAGCUCAAAGACCUUGCGAAGGAACACCCAGAAGUCUACGCGGAAGAGUUCAUUGGAAAGGAGAAAGUCAUUGCAUACCGGAAUCGAGUCAACUUUCUCCGAAACAAGAAGAAGGACGAUCCCGGUGACUACUGGAAGCUCUUUGCUGCCUCACAAAAGCAUCUCUUAGCCGCUGCCAACAAGCCAAAGGAGGAGCAACCCAAGAAGCAGCCAUCGAAGAGCUCAUCAACUACUGCUGCCAAGGUCGACGAGUCGGAAAUUGAAGAUUGGGAAGAAGAGGACGACGCCGAAGCGGAGGAAGAACCACCCGUCAAAGACAUUGCCGUUCCCAAGAAAAAGCCUCCUCGUCCCAGCCGACGACGCAAGGGAGCAUCUGCCACUAGCACUGCCUCCAAGACCACACCUACUCCCUCCACGACACCCAAGAAGAUGGCAAAAUCCAAGAAAGCCAAGGCGACACCGAGUGUAUCCACAAUUGGAUCUCCCAACCCCAAGAGCAUCAACGCGACACUCCAGUUUGAGACCCUCGAGAAAGCUGAAGCGUUCUGCAAUGCGUGUUAUGUCGUGGACUGGCACAACCCUGAGAACUCUGGCGCGCCAUUGUUCUUUCCGUACUCAAUUCCAUCAUGCGAGACGGCCGAUGCAUCGCAAGAGUAUGAAGGCUUUCGCAUUGCAAUGGCAUCUGUGAUGGACCUCCGCGAUUUCAACAAGGUAACCGGCACAACGAUUUGCGGAGGAACUGGUAUUGUUGUCCGUCAGCAAGUCUACCCAACGGUGAUGUUGAAAGACUACAAUGAGAUCCAUGAAUCGCGUAAUGAUGCCAACAAAAAGGCCAUGACUUGCCACGCCAAGCUCGCCAAUGCUAUCACGUUGGAUGAAAGCCGUCUCUGGUGGUACACUCUGUUCACUUUUGCCGAUGACACGGUGGUGACUGCCAACUUGGAAGACCACCUGGCUCCUACCACUGAACAGACAACCAAGAUCACCAUGCAGGAGUUCGAUUUGGAGACUCAAGUUGGAAAGAAGAAGCACAAAAAGACCCAGCACUUCUCCCCAGCCUAUUUGGAGUUCCGUAUUGUAGAGGAGGAUCCCAAUGCCAGCCUGUUGAAGCUUCCUUCUGUGGAGUCCGAGGACGAUGACUAUGGAGACCAACUCAAAGGCCAGAAGCAGCACCCGAGUGGAAUCCCAAAGGCUCCACCCAAGCGAAAGCCCACAUCUCCUAUUGGUGAUGGAGCAAGCAUGAAGGUACAAAAAGAGCAAGGAUCGAACACAACAGCCGAGCAGAUCCGAACGAAAAAGGCGCUGCUUGAACAAAAGAAGAAGGAAAUCGCUGAACGCAAGAUGCUUCGAGCACUUGCUGCGGAACGACAGAGACAAGAGCAAAUGGAGCAACAGAGGAGGCUCCAGGAAGAGGCUCAGGCAAUGCAGCAAGCCGCGGCUGCUGCGGCUGCUGCCAAUGCUGCAGUUGUGCCAGCGUUUCUCCCAGAGAGCAAACAAAAGGCCAAAGAGAGCUCAGCUUCCACAAGACGUCGUGAAAUCGCUUCAUCACCUCGUUCCAACGAGUACCACAAUGAAGUGCCAAAGGAUGGAGCUCCAAAGCGGAGCAAAGAGAUGAUGACUGUCAAAGGAGUUGAUACAGGAGCGAUCAAGAUCAACCGGCAAAGUCAAUCAGAUAGUCGUCGACAACAGAAGAAAGAUGCAAAAAAGAAGCAAAACAGGGAUGCUUUUGCAUCGGAGCUCACAAUCCAGCCGCCCCCACCUACACCGGAUGCAGAGAAGACGAAGGAUGACGUGAACGACUUUAUUAGUAACCUUACCGAUGGCCAAGAUAAGUUUGAACAAGAGGUUUUGAAUGGGAUGAAGAACCUCAAUUGCUGA